AUGCAAUCCAUCAGUUUUCAUAUAUCUGCGAUCAUCUUGUAUUUCAUUCAAUUCUCGAUAGGCGAAAGUCGUGUUCCUUCCUUAACGGACAUAUCAAACAUCAACGAUCCUGUAUUGAAUGAGGUUUUUGCUUCAUCAGCAUUUAACACACCGCGAGAUGAUGAGCCGGUUCCUCACCUGAAUCGGCCGCAGCCAAUGGCCACAUCCACCAAUGCAUUCCAAACAGCAAGACCAACAAACACUUUCACUCAUCCACAAGGUGAAAUUCCUAUUCAUCAUCCGGAUUCUUUGGGAGCACCUAUGUCAUCAGCUCAACCAGACAGCAGUUUAAGCCAGCUUGUGACUACGGGAGCAAAUGUAUUUGCAACAGGAGCCAAUGCAUUUUACAGAGGAGCAGCAUCCGUUGGACAAGCUUUUGGUAUAAACGACUACAACUAUAACAUUCCCUUAGUCAAUCAAGCUGCAGCAUUCUUUGGUUGA